UGCUUGCUAAGAGCCCGAGGGAAGGGCUUGGCAAUUCGUAUUGCCAGAAUUCCCAAAUCCAGAAAACAAAGCGCUGGAGGCUGGAGCCCUAAUACCAAGCGUAAUGCGGGGACUUGCGGGGACUUGCGGGGUACGUUUAGCGAGAUUGCAGGCAACACUGCCAACUCCAGAAUUUCGGCCUCGGAUUUGUGUGUAGGAGUAGGAUCGAUAUGUGCCAAUUUCCAUGAUAUCCUGGUCUAGUGCCAGACUCGAUGUUCCCUGCCACCACGCAGCAUCGGUUUCGCCUGGAUGGCACGCCGAUUCUAUCCAAGCGCGAGAAACUAAUCCGGAGAAUUGAGACGGGGGGGCAGAGGAAAUCGCACUUCAAGUCCCGCAAUGGAUGCAACGCCUGUAAGGGGAAACGGGUGAAAUGUGAUGAGACCAGACCGAGCUGCCGCAAAUGCAUCGCACGGGGCGUGGCGUGCCUAUACCCAAACUUAGCCAGCUCACCUCGCAGUAUCCACGGCGAUGCCCUAACGCUGGCGGGGGUCAACCAAGUCGCCAGUGCUCUCCUCCCCGCGGAGUAUCUUCUUCACCAUUUCUGGACUCAUACCAGUGGACGUUUGAUCGGAGCACAGCGACAACGCAUCUACCGGACGCACAUGCUUCCCUUGUCGCUUUCUCAACCUUCGCUCCUUCACGCGAUUCUGGCAGUGUCGGCGCGAGACCUCCUUCAUCUUCAACCGGACAGGCACCGGUUGCUGCCCGUCUUCUAUCAUCAUUACCAACAGUUCGCCACCCUCUACAACCGGGAUCUGAUGCAGCCCCGGUCGGUCCUGACCGCCAACCUGAUGCACUCCAACGCCUUCCUGAUGAAUGUCCUGGUCGUCGCGGAUCCGGCCUCAACGCAAUCAACCUCAUGGGUCACGCGAACCGGGCAAGAGGACAUCGACCAAGCCUUCUCCUGGAUCAAGGUGCAGGCGAUCCACCAAUCGAUCCUCCACCCAUACAACUCCUACCUCCCGCAGACCUUCUGGUACACGGAAUUCGCAAAGGACCGCCACACUGUGCAGGCCCCACAGGCAUCCCAAUUCCAACAGGAACCGCACCUCACCGCCCACCUGGCCGAGCUAUGCAACAUUCAACCCGCCGACACCACCGACACCAACGUGUAUCUCUCCGCCUACAACAUCCUGUGUACUAUCGGUGAAACACCCGCCGUGGGCAAGCAUCUUGCCCCACAGCUGUUUGGCGUCUAUAUCCGGUUCUUCGUCGAGAUGGAGUCACCCUUCGUGCAGCUCCUCCAUCGGAAGGAUGAAGUGGCUCUGCUGCUCCUCGCCGUCUGGCUGACUCAAAUGCGGAGAUUGGAUCUCUGGUGGAUGCGCGACCGGGCGCGGAACGAAUACCGCUCGAUUUGCGGGAUGCUGUUGCGCAGUGAGGAUUGGCGCAUUCGCGCGCUGGCGGGGUGUCUGGCAGAACAUCCGUAAUAGAAUCUGUAAUAGCCAUCCUGGGUUACAUCGGGUAUCGGCCCGGGCCCGACAAGAUGGACCCCUUGCGCACUCACGGGACUACUGC